CUUUAUAUGCAUCUCAUUUAGGCAGAAAAAAUAACAAAAAAAAUAACAACAACCAACAAUCUGUCGCCAUAGCAACACAACAUGCGUAUUGAGAAGUGUUAUUUCUGUUCAUCAUCAGUCUAUCCGGGACAUGGAAUAAGAUUUGUUCGAAAUGACAGUAAGGCGUUCCAGUUCUGUCGUCGAAAAUGUCAUAAAGCCUUUAAAAUGAAGAGAAACCCCCGAAAGGUGCGAUGGACGAAAGCGUUUAGAAAAUCUCAUGGAAAAGAACUUACAGUGGAUCCCUCGUUCGAGUUUGAAAAGAAAAGAAACGUCCCAUUAAAAUACGAUAGAGAACUCUGGUCUAAAACAGUGACUGCUAUAAAGCGAGUUGAAGAAAUCAAAACAAAACGACAAAAUCAUUUCAUAAAAAACAGGUUAAACAAAGCAAGAACAUUAGCAAAAGAAGUAGAUCGCAAAGAAGUACAGACGAACAUCAACUUGAUAAAAAGCCCAGUGGUACGCAAACAAAAAAUUGCACUCACGCAAGAAAUCACAACAACAGAACAACAAAUGGAAAUGGAUUAACUGUCGUAGUUUUGUAUUUAACACAUGUAGUAACGCUGUCUUUAAAAAAAUUUAUCUUUUUUACUCGU